AUGGAGAUGACCAGUCACAGUACCCCCGGCCACGGUGCUAGCGAUAUGGACAAGGAAACCUUCUCAGGGACCACAGCAGGCCAUUUGGAAGCUGCCGAUGAACCGAUGGUCGAGUUGCGCAAUCCUUAUGUCAAGCCAGGAUUUCGAGGAGCUUUUCAGUCCAAAUAUGUUGUUCUCUGUGCAUUUGUCGUCAGAUUGGGUGGAUUCCUGUUCGGAUACGAUCAAGGCGUGGUCUCCAUCAUCCUUGUCAUGGACCAAUUCCUGGAUGAAUUUCCUCGUGUCUCCGAUACAGCCAGCGGAGGCGGAUUCUGGAAGGGUUUCAUGACGGCCAUGAUUGAACUUGGGGCAUUAAUCGGCGCGUUCAACCAGGGAUGGGUAGCGGAAAAGAUUUCUCGAAGAUAUUCCAUUUGCGUGGCUGUGUGUAUAUUCGUUGUGGGAUCCACUCUUCAGACGGCUGCUCAAGAUUAUGCCAUGCUCAUUGUCGGUCGUCUGAUAGGGGGAAUUGGGGUGGGCAUGUUGAGCAUGGUUGUGCCUAUGUAUAUUGCAGAAGUAUCACCACCCGAGAUCAGAGGCACUCUGCUAGUUUUGGAAGAAUUUUCCAUCGUCUUCGGUAUCAUAUGCGCAUACUGGUUGACUUUUGGAACUAGAUACAUUGGCGGACAAUGGUCAUAUCGCCUCCCGUUCCUCCUCCAAAUUUUCCCAGCCAUCUUAUUGGGUAUUUCGGUCCUCUUCAUUCCCUUCUCUCCGCGAUGGCUUGUCUCUAAAGGACGAGAUCAAGAGGCACUGGAAGCAUUGGUCAAACUCCGGCGUGUUCCCGCAAACGAUUCAAGAAUUCAGGCCGAAUGGUUCGAUAUUCGAGCAGAGGUCGCCUUCCACAAGGAGGUGGCCGAGAAGAAACAUCCAAAUUUGGGAGCCCAAGGUCGACGGUCCUGCUGGGCCGCUGUCAAACUCGAGCUCGCCGCCUAUGCAGAUUGCUUCAAACAGGGAUACUGGCGUCGUACCAUGGUCGGAAUCGGGUUAAUGUUUUUUCAACAAUUUGUUGGGAUUAACGCUCUCAUUUAUUACUCGCCUAGUCUCUUCGAGACGAUGGGAGUCGAUUAUAACAUGAGACUGGUGUUGUCGGGCGUCCUCAAUGUCACACAACUCGUUGGCGUGGCGACUUCUCUCUACACUAUGGACAAAUUCGGCCGCCGUCCGCUUCUUCUGCUUGGGAGCGUGGGCAUGACAGUCUCGCAUAUCGUAAUCGCCGUCUUGGUUGGAUUGUACUAUGACAGCUGGGCCGAUCACAAGGACAAAGGUUGGGUGGCGGUGGCGUUCUUGUUUCUCUAUAUGCUGGUCUUUGGCAUGACAUUCGGUCCGGUCCCAUGGGCGAUGCCGUCAGAAAUAUUCCCCAGCUUUCUCAGGGCAAAGGGGGUGGCAUGGAGUACUUGCAGCAACUGGCUCAACAACUUCAUUAUUGGAUUGAUCACACCGCCUCUGAUUCAAAAUACUCGAGGGUUCGGAGCCUACACUUUCUUUGCAGUGUUCUGUGCCUUGAGCGGUAUCUGGACUUGGUUCUGUGUACCUGAGACAAAAGGACGAAGCCUAGAGGAUAUGGACCGGGUCUUUAAUGAUCGGGCAGCGGCUGCAGACAGGGCCAGAAGAAAGGAGAUAUUGAAGGAAUUGAAGCAACGUGAUGACCAGGGCCAGCAAGAAAGCAUCAAGACUGCAUAG